AGCUCCUUUCAUCUUUCCAUCUUACUUUCAGCUUCAAUGUACUAUGCCCCCAGCUACAACCUGAGCGUAUCCUCUUCAAUGUACUAUUCCCCCAGCUACAACCUGAACGUAUCCUCUCUUCCUUUCUCAUCCUUAUAAUAUCCUCACAAAGCUAUCGCCAAGACUACGAUAGAGGAUAGCUUUCCUUUCAGCUUUCAUAUUAAUGGAGAUUUGUCGAAGCUCCAUUGAAGCUGGUACCUGCAGGUCUAAAGGUCUCCUGUCCAAGGCACUUCAACGUUGUCGCUCGCUUAGGAGCUGCUCCGGCCGGGCCAAGGCAACGCCGGUGGGUUGGGUUUCAGUUCGGGUAGGAUUGGAGAAAGAAAAGUUCCAGAUUCGAACAGAGUCGAUGAACCACCAUCUUUUUCGAAGACUCCUCGAUGAGGCCAAGGAAGAGUUCGGAUAUGCGACGAAGGGCUCACUUGAGCUUCCCUGUAGCGUCGAGGCGUUCAACUUGGUGCUCUGGGAAAUGGACCAGGAAGAGGCGGAUAGCGCUGUCGCGGCAUCUCCGGCGUUGUGUGGGUUCGCCGCCUCGCCUUUGAGGGGAACGAGAAAGGGUUAUCGCCUGCUUAGUCCGUCUCGGCUCUUCGCCGUCACCUGCCCGUUAUAGAUUAUCAUGCUGACUGAUUGUAGCAUUAUGGGUAGUGGCUGCAUGUUUUUCAACACGUGGUUUCUUAGGGCAGCAAAAGGGGUGCAUGAUUGAUUAAAAAUUGUACUUCAAGUUUCAGUUGAUUUUUUUUUG